AUGGAAAGGAGAUUAUCAAUCACAUCUGAGAAUCUGCCGCCCCCGGUGAGGUGGAUGCGUGAACAGACGUCUCAGCCCUGCGUGGUGAAGGCUGAGAUGGAGGAAGGUGCGAGGCGCCAGGGGAACAACAGGCCCCGCGGACACGGGUUGACUUUAUUUGCAGCAAGUUUUCCCUUAAUAAAAGUCAAGAUCCUGAGUGUCUACUACAUGUGCUGUCCUGAGAAGGAAGAUUCAGAAAAUUUAGUGGAGGAAGGGACUGAUAUGUGGAAUAACCACAUUAUAAGGCUGUAUUCUGCAUGGAACAGAGCUGUAGAAUAA